CAGCAGAUAAUUCAGGAGUUUUGCAAUUGAGUGCAGGGUCAGUGCAAGGAAUUCGAAAUAAGACCGGAGUUGAUUUGCUCGAGGAAAAGAAUGAAGUGGCCGUUAAAACGCCAACCCUAAUUCAACAUAACAUUGGGAAAUAAAUUCAGAGUAAAAUGUAACGCAUCCGUUCAGGAAUAUCUGAACGUCAAAAACAUUGAGGUGCCCGUAAAGCAGUUGGGUCGCCUAAUAGUCGAUAAAAUCACGCGUGACUAGAAUUUCGAGAGUACCAUCGUCUUUCGUUUACUGCACACGACACGAUAAAAAUUGAAAGGUUCGUCCAGGUUCUACUGUUGGAUCCAGCCAAUGACUGUGGAUGCGAAUCGUGGCGUGUCUAGCCUGUAAAUGGCUGUCUACCUGCGUUGGGAACACGUUGGGAAUGAUCGAGUCAACGAUGAUCGGGAUCGGGUAUGUCGGUGUUUCGUAUUAAUUGUAAAACCGGUUUGUAUGUACUCGGUUUAUACUAUACGUUGGGUUUAUAUUUCAUUGAAGUGAACUGACCGCCGGCGCCAGUGCUGCCAUUGGCUGUCACCGUCCUCCGGUUACCAUCGCGCCGAGCGCGUAUCUCGUAAAAUGCAGUGUCCUGUCGCGUAGUCGUUGCACCUCGCGGUGUUCGAUGUUCUCGGUGUUUAGUGUGAAUUUCGCCAGUGGUGCAAAGUGUUGCGUUGCAUCGAAGGUCUAGGAAAUAUAUGAUCGGAUAGAACGGAAUAAACUAGAGCCGUACGGGCUCUACCUCAGAGGCUCACUGGUGUUGGGUUAACGUACGGUGUGCAGCUAAUGGCAGUGGUGAAAUCGAUGUUGCUGAAACAUGGCUGAGGAGUUGGUGGUUACGUUAAACCGUAGCGAGACGUCGGGAUUCGGUUUUUCUUUGCUCGGCACAGCGGGACUUCCACACAUUGUUUAUGACAUCGUCGAGAAUUCACCGGCGGCUGAAAGCGGCAAGGUCGAAGCUGGCGAUGUUAUCCUCGGAGUGAAUGAAGUUGACGUACACAGGCUGAGCACAAAAGAAGUACUGAAAUGUCUACGGCUGUCGUCGGAUCCGGUCACUUUGAGACUUCGGAGGGAUCCCGCCAUCAAGGCCAGAGUUCGUCGACUUCUUUCGCCGGGACAUCCCGCCUGCGAGGAAUUCUUCCCAGCCCAGACUAGCGCCUCUGACACGGAUUCUCAAGAAGAGGCCACCGGCAAUCGCGAAAAGAUAGAACGUCGUAAACCAGAAACACCGGAGGUGACGAUCGGAUCGACGCAUCUGCCGAUAGUGACACAGUAUGCAACGCGUACCAACGGGUCAUACAGCGAUGCUUCUGGUUCGUCGGAACUCGAGGCCCUUCUUCCGCAGGCAGACAGCUUCAAGGAAGAGGAACGCGCCCAGUGGGAACCACUUUCAGUUGAUAAAUUUAAUCGCCAGAAAAACCCACCCAGGUUCGAGGCGUACAUGAUGACCGGAGAUCUGAUGUUAAACCUAUCCCGGACGCAGCAAAGCACCGGGCUUCUUCCCAAGUACCAGAAAAAAGUGGACUCGCUGAGGUACAACAAUCACCACAUAUACCAUCAUCACAAUCACCACAAUCAUCACAAUCACCAUCACCACAACUCGGUACCGACGAGCCCCAACGAAAUGCUGAGCCAUCGAAUUCACAAGGGCGGGGCCGGCUCGAAUUCAGCCAAUACCUCGCCGGUCGGCAUCGGCAGCAGACGCGAAGGGGGACAGUGUGCAGUCGGUGACAACAAAUCCAACUCAAACUUCGGCUACUCGAGCAGCUUCGUGCGGACUUCCAGGUCCGAGGACCACUUGCAAUUCCAGAAAGACCCGUCGAUGAGCGCGGUGGACAUCGACAUCGACGACGACGUCACCUCGAGUCUCAACACGCUACUCGACACACGGCCCGACAGUGGCCAAGGGAUAUCCAGCGAACGAAUCGUCUGGACCUACAACGCUCCCGUUAGCUCGCCCUCCGCCUCCGAGCGGACAUCCUGUUGUCAAAACGGCAGCUCCUCUCAGUCCCAGUCGUCGAGUAGCUCUCGUUCCUCGACGGAAGGGACGAGUCCCCAACGUUCCCUGUCCCCGGCUUCGCCGACCUCCGUGUCUUCCUCCGUUAUGUCCUCGAAUUCUGGCUCUCGCAAGUUUGCUCUACCGACUAGCGCCGUGGGGGCGCCGCAAGGUCUGGCGGGGGAUGGAACACCUUCCGGUGGCGGUACCGGGCCAGGAUGCUUUCACCCCGCCAACGGUGACCUCAGCCAGUCCGAGGCUAUCAGCAACAUGUCCAGUCCCGACUACAACGACGAAGAAACUAUGGACAUACUUAGUGCGCGUGAUAUCAUGAUGGUCAGUGAUCCCAGUGAUAGUGACUCGACGAUACUGGCGAGUGAACCCCCUCAGCGGAGGCAUAAAAAAGCCUCUUAUGGAAACAACCAGGAUGGUAGCGAGCACAGAAUAGUUAUUCAAGUCAAAGGUCCCGACAAAGAUCCGUCGCUCAACAGGAACAACAGUCCCCGACAACCACGCCGAAGAGGAAACGCCAACAACACCUCGGAACUCCUUGCACCACCGCAAAACGCUCAGAGGUCGCAAUCCACCGUUGCAUCCAACAAUGUCGCACCGGAACUCGUCGGUUACCAGGAGCUGAAAGACAGCGAAGACGAGAGAGAGGUGUCGAACACGGGUGAUUACGAAAAACUGUCGCAAGCUGGAAAAGGAUCAUCACCCCCACAGUCUGCCGACGAAGAGAGCGACAUUGAAAGUUUACAUAGCUUCCAUUAUAGCCCAAAGGCUGUAGAUCUCCCAUCCGCUGUCAGACUAGCCAAACGUUUGUACUCCCUCGAUGGCUUCAAAAAGUCUGACGUCUCCAGGCAUCUUAGUAAAAAUAACGACUUCAGCAGAGCUGUUGCCGAGGAAUACUUGAGAUAUUUUAAUUUUGAGCAAGACACGCUAGACGUGGCUUUGAGAACGUUCCUUUACCAAUUUUCCUUGACGGGCGAAACUCAGGAAAGAGAACGUGUCCUUGUACAUUUCUCUAAACGCUAUCUUGAUUGUAACCCCGGUUCAUUUAAUUCCCAAGAUGCUGUACAUACCCUAACAUGUGCUAUCAUGCUACUCAACACCGAUCUACAUGGUCAAAAUAUUGGUAGAAAGAUGUCAUGUUCGGAAUUUAUUGAAAACUUAUCCGAACUCAACGACGGAGAUAACUUCCCUAGAGAGGUCCUCAAAGAACUGUACAAUGACAUCAAAUCAUACCCAUUAGAAUGGGCUCUCGAUGACGACGGAGAUGGAACAGCAUCGAGAGUUACGCAGCAGGGUGAUGGACCAGCUUUGAUCGGAACUAGCAAUCCCUUUUUGGACAUACCAAACGUAAGCGGUGCUACAGAAUUCAAGAAAGGCUACGUUAUGCGGAAAUGUUGCUUCGAUGAGAAUGGGAAAAAAACACCGUUUGGUAAACGAGGAUGGAAAAUGUACUACUGUAGAUUACGGGAACUGGUUUUGUACCUCAACAAAGAUGAGCACGGUUGUCAUAGCUACAGCUUAUACAAUGCCAUAGGAAUUCAUCACGCAUUGGCAACAAAAGCGGCUGACUAUACAAAGAAACAGCACGUUUUCAGACUGCAGACAGCAGAUCGAGCUGAGUAUCUCUUCCAAACAAGUGACUCCAAAGAGCUGCAGUCGUGGAUCGACACCAUCAACUUUGCAUGUGCCAGUUUCUCGUGUCAACCACUCCCAGGUGCUGUUGGAUCGCAGCGAAAAUUUCAGAGACCUCUGCUUCCUUGCAGUCACACGAAACUAGCACCGAGAGAGCAAUUGAGGGACCACGAAGAAAUUGUGAAUAGACUGGAAGCGGAGCUGGACGAACACAGGAGGCAUCCACCGGAAAGAAAUGCCAAGGCUUUAACUGUACAGAAUUAUAAAGAAAAAGAUGCAUAUUUGCAUUACGAGUUAAAAAGGUAUAAGACGUACGCGUAUCUCCUGAGGUCACGCUUAGCAUUCACAGAUGUAGAACCUUCGCUAGUUGAAAGCAGUAUCGGUGAAGUUGACGAAGGUGCUGGAAACUUGGCCAAUGCAGAAGUUGGGCUUGUGCCACCACCUGUUCCGGAUCGACUACCUUCGAAUAGCUUGAAAGGGGAAGGUGCGAGUGUAGAUAAGCCGAACCAUUUUGUCUGCAUUCUGAAUAAACUUUCACUCCAUGAAGAGUAGAACUCGCGCUAUUUGAAUAUAAGAUACAAGUGAUGGAAACUUACAGGCUCACAGGUGUACGUAGGUACAAUCGGUAGCCUCACCAACGCACCUUUAGCUUUGCGUAAACGAAAAAUAAUUCUAGACGUUUGAAUGCUCACACCUGUUCAGAUUGCCAUAUAAUUUUAUAAGCUAUAAUGAUCAUGGGUCAAUCCACGACGUUAAUUGUUUAGUGCCUUGCAAUGAUUGAAUCUCGUUUCAUCUUUGGACCAGACCUGAUGAGACCUUCAAUAUCAAUCAUACGGGGCGUCAUGAUUAUUUGUCUUUUCACAUAGAUAUUUCAAUUUCGUAGUAUAGGAUAUUUCAAAUAACAGACAUCAGAAUUUGUUCAAUGGUUGUCUCGAUAUACCUUUGGUUCAGAAUAUGGGACCAAUAAUGGUUGUAGUUAUAGGUAAUCAACACAGUUAGGAUGUGCCAAAUAGUUGAGGAAACACCAUUAGUUACCUACUUAUAUUCUUCUUGUGAAGAUGCAAUUUUCGACUUGACUGUCUAUAGAAUUAUCCCCAAACAGUGUUGAAGUAUGAGAUGAAGCCUUAUAUUCAGACAAAAAAAAAACAAUGAUGUAUCGCACCGAACACUUAUGUAGGACCUAAAUGAUCAUUUGUUAACAAUCGCAAAUUUUAAUCAAAUCCUUGAUUUGGAUUGACUACAUUCCUGUAUCAUUUCAAUCAUUCCUUGAUAUCCAAAAUUGCUACUUAUAAAUUUGCUGAUCAUCAAAAUAUACCUGUGAUCAUUUAGGAUGAAUAGAUUGAUCGUUUGUCAUUGAAGAUCCUGUUCCAGAAAAAAAAGGCUGAUUUACAAGUUUAGAUAUAAUUAGAAUUUUGUUGGCAUACACCUAUCAUAACUAGCGGUUUAUCUCCAUAAACAACGCCAUGUGUAAACCUAUCGAGUUUCAUUUUGAUACGUGUCGGUAUAACAAGAUAAGGCAAAGGCUUUACUCACAUGUGGCACAGCAAUAGACUCGCGAAGUUGAGAGCGUCCUUCACAAAAUUCUUGUAAUUUCCUGCACCUCAUUUUGAAGUAUUUUUGUCUUUAUGCGCGCAGAGAAGAUUUCUUUCCAUAGUACAUGGGAUAAUGUAAUCUUUGACUUGGGAAAUCUUGGAAAAAUAUGUUGGAAUUAGCUGAGGAUUCUCCUGAAGUUAGUAUGAACAUAAGGAGUUUCCGAAUAAGUGUUAAUUUCUGAUGACUUCUUACGCCAUAAAAAAAUAACAUUUUCCAUCUACCGCAACAUGCUUUUUGCAACGAUUACUUCAUGCCUUAUUGACUGGAGUAAAAGACAAUAUAGAUAGAAGCUUUGUCUGACGAUAGUUAAAAAUAAUAGGAAACGACUAGUUCUGUAUGGUAGACUGCUAGCUUUAUGUACUUGCAUUUAUACUCUAGGUUUAUACGGUAUUUUUAAUAAAUAAUACUCUUCUUCGCGCCUUUUAAAAGGUCUACUCUUCGCCGGUCUUCGAAUCUAGUCUUUGUCCGAUCAUUGUCGAUACAUGAACUUAAGAACUGACAGCUGUUUAUUAGAUCUGCUCUAGAGUCAUUCUCUUCAAUAUAGUAUUAAGCUUGACUUAAAUUAUUAGCUAUACUACAGGUGUAAGUUGAUACAUCGCUGUAAAUAAAACUGUAACAUAUGUAGAUAGUAUUACUUCCAUUUUGACCGCAGUGAAAGUACUGUGAAAAUAAAGAUAAAGAAUAUGCGAACAGCGUAA